AUGGAUGAGACUAGAAAGAAAUCUCUACUCAGAGGGCCCCAGAUGAGCAUCUGGGGCCUUGGCCUGGGCUCUUCCAUCAUUGGUCUGGAGAUCAUCUUUCUGUGGGUGAGCAUGCUUCUCCCAGGCACAUCCUGUGCCCAGGGGCAUUACUCUUAUUACGAAAUAGUCAUCCCCAGGAAAUUAGGAACAUUCAAAAACAGGGAAGAAUCAUUAGAAAAACUCUCCUACGUACUACUAAUAAAAGGCAAGAGGCAAGUGAUUCGGCUGAGGUUGAAAAGAGGACUGUUCACCAAGGACUUCCCUGUCUACACCUACACCAAGGACACCUUAGACCUGGACAUACCUUUUGUCCAGGACGACUGCUAUUAUGAUGGAUAUGUAGAAGGUGAGCAGCAGUCCCUGGUGUCCAUCAGCACAUGCUCAGGCCUCAAAGGCAUGAUAUCUAUAGAGAAAUCAGUCUAUGGCAUUGAGCCCAUUGGCACCUCGAAGAAUUUUGAACAUGUCUUGUACCAUGUGGAUGGGCAUGUAAGAGGUUCCUGUAAGGUCAACGGAAAAGAUACCCCAACGUCCACACCCCAUCUGCAACCAAGAAGGGAUGAGGAUUCUAGCCACUGGGAAGCAGAGCCGGUCAGAUUUCUCAACUACAUCUGGUCCCACCCCAAGUACGUGGAGAUGUUUGUCGUGGUGGACAAUAGGCGAUUCCACAUGUGGAAUGGCAACGUGACCAAGACGGUGCAGAUGGUGAUGGACGCCCUUGCCCACGUCAACACCUACAGCCAGGCCAUCCGUGUCAAGGUGGUCCUCAUCGGCUUGGAGAUCUGGACAGAGAGGGACCAGGUGAGGAUCCCUGAGGACUUGCGGGAAGUCCUGCACAAUUUCAACCACUGGAGAGAACGGGAGCUGCUCAGCCGGGCCAAGCACGAUGUUGCCCAUCUCAUAGUGGGACACCAUCCAGGAGAGUACCUGGGGGAAGCCUUUCUGAACGGGGCGUGCGUGUCUGGGCUUGCAGCAGGAGUCGAAUCUUUCUAUCAUGAAGACCCCCCUCUCUUUGCCGUGCUCAUGGUGCAUGAGCUGGGCCAUAACCUGGGCAUGAAGCACGACCACGUGGCCUGCAUCUGCCCUGACCAGCCCUCCUGCAUCAUGCUCGGAACUGUCAGCCUUGAGAGUCGUUUCAGCAACUGCAGCUUGGAGGCUUUCUAUGAAUUCCUGCGACACCAGCAAGGCUCCUGCCUCUAUGACAAGCCCGCGGCCGCGGGCGUGGCGAGGGGGCCCUUCUGCGGGGACCACGUGGUGGACAGAGGGGAGGAGUGCGACUGUGGCAGCGUCGGGGACUGCAUGAAGGACCGCUGCUGCUUGCCCUCCUGCCGGCUGAGGCGGGGCUCUGCCUGUGCCUCUGGGCCCUGCUGCAGCAAGUGCAAGUUUCUGAAGGCAGCCACGCCCUGCCGUCCCAGCGUGGACGAGUGUGACCUCCCCGAGUACUGUAAUGGCAGCUCCCCGUGGUGCCAGCCCGACACCUACAAGCAGGAUGGCAGCCCGUGCAGGGGCGGUGGUUACUGCUACCAGGGGCGGUGCAGGAGCCUGGAGAGCCAGUGCGUGCAGGUGUUUGGGGAGGGCUCCCGGGCUGCCCGGCAAAGCUGUUACCACCACUUGAACACGCAGGGGGACAGGUUUGGCAACUGUGGCAGUGGCCAGGAAGGGUUACGCAAGGCCUUUGUCAAGUGUGCGCCCGAGCAUGUCAUGUGUGGGAGGCUGCUGUGUGAAGGCAUUGCCAGGUUGCCCCUGAUGAGGAACCACCACACGCUCAUCCAGAUCCCCCUGGAGGACACGUGGUGCUGGGGGGUGGACCUCUUUGAGGACGUGGACCUUCCUGAUGGAGGGGCCGUCAAGGCAGGCACCUUGUGUGGCCCCCAGAAGAUCUGUCUCAACCGCACGUGCUCUGAUGUGCAGGUGCUGCAAUAUGAUUGUGAACCAGAGACCCGGUGUCAUGGCCGAGGGGUCUGCAACAACCUCAAGCAUUGUCACUGCGAUGAUGGCUAUGCCCCUCCCACGUGUGCUUCGGAGGGCUUUGGGGGCAGUGUGGACAGUGGCCCCCCUCCGCAGGACACCGUUGCUGCCCUGGAGGUUAGAGCCCGAUUCCCUGCUAAAAACCCCCCUCCUACUCAAGCGGCCCACUUCAAUGUGCCUCCCGCUAUCACCCCUCGUGUCAUGUCUGAUAUCUACGACGAGGCUUCCCAAGCGCCCCUUCUCAGCUUUGGCCCCACCAUUCAGGCUGGUUCCCCAGAGUCUUCAGACUGCUCCUCCAAGAAAGGUUACAAAAAAAUCCCGGCCGUCGUCGUUCUGAUAUCAGCCUUGAUUGUCAAUAUCCUUCUCCUCAUGAGUCUCCUCUCCAUCGUUUUUGUGCUCUUUUUCUACCAAAAUAUCCCUUGGUCAGCUGGGGAUGAAAAAGAAUGUGCUGAAAUUUGCGAAGCUCGUGAACGAGUAAAUCCACCUCCUCCAUAA